UCCGCGGGGCGGAGCCCCAGCAGCCCAGCCCGCGGCCUGCGGCCCCGCUCGCCCUAUCCACCCUUGCAACCCUGCGUCCGCAGGUGCGUCCGGAGCGCCGCAGCCGCACCAUGUUGGGCAUGAUCAAGAACUCGCUGUUCGGGAGCGUAGAGACGUGGCCUUGGCAGGUCCUGAGCAAAGGGGGCAAGGAAGAAGUCUCCUAUGAGGAGAGGACCUGUGAAGGCGGACAGUUUGCCACAGUGGAAGUGACAGAUAAGCCUGUGGAUGAGGGUCUGCGUGAAGCCAUGCCCAAGGUCAUGAAGUAUGUGGGGGGCACCAAUGACAAGGGGAUCGGGAUGGGCAUGACCGUGCCUAUUUCCUUUGCUGUGUUUCCAAGUGAUGAUGGCUCCCUGCAGAAGAAAUUGAAAGUCUGGUUCCGGAUUCCAAACCAGUUUCAGAGCAACCCGCCAGUUCCCACCGAUGACAGUGUUAAGAUCGAAGAGAGGGAAAGCAUCACUGUCUAUUCCCUGCAGUUUGGUGGUUAUGCCAAGGAGGCCGACUAUAUAGCACACGCCACUCAGCUGCGGACCGCCUUGGAGGGCACAGCCACCUGCCGGAGUGACAUCUACUUCUGCACCGGGUACGACCCUCCCAUGAAGCCCUACGGACGCCGCAAUGAGGUCUGGCUGGUGAAAGCAUAAGUAAUUCUCUGAGUUAGACCUUCCUGGACGUAUGUUUCUGUGUCCGCUUCCUCGGGGGAGAGGGAGGAGCAAAGCUGCCGGCUGUAUCUCCAGCUUAACCAAUCUUCCUUCCCUCAGAGCCCUUCACUGCCAGUUUUCUGAAAUCAGCAUAUCCCAUCCCUGCUCUUUUUCUCGUGGUGGGAAAUAAUACAGCCCAGGUAGGCGGCAUCCUUCUGACUGACUUAGCUCUGUGGUAGACCAGAAAAAGAAUCAGCAACGUUUUUCCAGGUAUCUAGGGCACUCAAAACUGCUUUUUAAAAAUUAUUGAACUUGUAUUUUUGCUAUUGAGGGGAAAAUGUGAUUUGUGCGUGAUCUUGCAUCUGUGGUCCUUACGAGAUCUUUGUCUGGAAAUAAAGAUCUUCGAUUCAAACA